AUGGUCUUCAAGGUUGCCGACGUUUCUCUCGCUGCUUUCGGGCGCAAGGAGAUCGAGAUCGCCGAGAAUGAAAUGCCUGGCCUCAUGUACAUGCGCCAGAAGUACGGCGCUCAGCAGCCUCUCAAGGGCGCCCGUAUUGCUGGAUGCUUGCACAUGACCAUCCAGACUGCCGUCCUUAUUGAGACCCUGACGGCCCUCGGUGCUGAGGUUACUUGGUCCUCUUGCAACAUCUUCUCCACUCAGGAUCAUGCCGCUGCCGCUAUCGCCGCCACCGGCGUCCCGGUGUUCGCGUGGAAGGGAGAGACUGAGGAGGAGUACCUCUGGUGCAUCGAGCAGUCCCUUGCUGCGUUCCCUGGCGGCCAGCCCCUCAACAUGAUUCUCGACGAUGGAGGUGACCUCACCACCCUCGUCCACGAGAAGUACCCCCAGUACCUCACCGACAUUCGUGGUUUGUCGGAGGAGACUACCACCGGUGUCCACCACCUCUACAAGAUGUUCCGUGAUGGCAAGCUCAAGGUCCCCGCCAUCAACGUUAACGACUCCGUCACCAAGUCCAAGUUUGACAACUACUAUGGCUGCCGCGAGUCUCUCGUCGACGGUAUCAAGCGUGCUACCGACGUCAUGCUCGCCGGCAAGGUCGCUGUCGUUGCUGGCUUCGGUGAUGUCGGCAAGGGCUGCGCCGAGUCCCUCCGUUCGUACGGCGCCCGUGUCCUCGUCACCGAAAUCGACCCCAUCAAUGCUCUCCAGGCGGCGAUGGCUGGCUAUGAGGUCUGCACGAUGGAGGAUGCCGCCCCAAGGGCCAACGUCUUCGUCACUACCACCGGUAACCGCGACAUCAUUACUGCGAAGCACUUCGAGGUCAUGCCCGAGGAUGCCAUUGUCUCGAACAUUGGCCACUUCGAUGUUGAAAUCGACGUUGCCUGGUUGAAGGCGAACGCCAAGCAGGGCGUGAACGUCAAGCCCCAGGUCGACCGCUACACGAUGGCUAGCGGCCGCCACAUCAUCCUUCUAGCGGAGGGCCGUCUCGUUAACCUUGGUUGUGCCACCGGUCACCCGUCUUUCGUCAUGUCGUGCUCGUUCGCGAACCAGGUUCUUGCCCAGAUCGCUCUCUGGACGAACCCCGGCAAGUUCGCACUUGGCGUGCACAUGCUUCCCAAGGAACUCGACGAGGAGGUCGCCCGGGCGCACCUGGCGCAGCUCAACGUCAAGCUCACGGAACUCACGCCCGAGCAAGCGUCGUACCUCGAUAUGCCCGUCAGCGGCCCGUACAAGCCGUCGCACUACCGCUACUAA